UAAUAUAUUCAAUGAAAAAUAAUUAAAUACCAAUCAAUGAUAUUCAUUAAUAAUUAUUGAUACACCAUAAAUAUAUGUUAUAACAUAACCGCAACUAAUGCUGACUUCUUCACAAAGGAGAAUAUAACCUAUCAAUUAAAUAUUUUUUUGUUAAUUCAAAAAUAAAUGUAAACAUAUAAUAUGGCAGAUGUAGAAAUACUUAAUAGCGUUAUAAAUACAAUUGAUUAUAAUACUAAAAAACCGGAAGAAUUUUUAAGCAUACAAAAUGAAGUUGCUGUUGAUUUUAAAAAUUCCCUAAAGCGCUUAUAUGAUUUUACAAAAUUAGAAACACAAAGAAACACAAAUGCUUUACCAGAACUUGUUACAGAAGGUUUUGAUGAAGAACAAAUCUGGCAGCAAAUUGAAUUACAGAAUGAAGGUGAACUUGAUUACUUAAUUGGUGGUGUUUCUAAAUCUUUAGCUGAAAAUAAAAAGUUGACAAUUAAUAUAACUAAAUCUAAAUCUGUAUGUAAUAAUGAAGAAGAUUUAUCAGAAAAAGAAGAACAAAUAAUAGAAGAAGAAACAUCCGAGGAUGAUGAAGAAUUUAAAAGUAAUUUAAAGAAACAAAAGAAGGAUGUAAAAAGAAGAAAAAAAAAAUCAUCAAUAGUAGAUGACAAAUUCUUUAAAUUAGAAGAACUAGACGAAUAUUUAACAAAAGAGGAAAAGAAAGAGAGACAAAAUGAAAAAAAUGAGGAAAAAUCUGAUGAUGAAUCUGUAGAUUUAUUCAAUGAUCUUUCUGAUAAUGAUGAUAAAACUGAAGAAGCAAAACUAUUGAAAUAUGCAGACUUUUUUGAUAGUCCAGAAAGUGAAGAUGAGAAUCCUGAUAAUUCUAUACAACAUAAAGAUACAAAUGAUGAAGAAUUAGAGGAAAAUGAAUUAUUAGAUGAUAAUGAAUUAUUGGAAUCACUAGAUAGUGAUUCAGAUAAUGAAAUAGAUAUUGAUAAUGAAAUGGAAGAAAAAAGUUCUUCCAAAAAGAAAGUUACAUUUAAUCUUACAAAUGAUUCUGAUGAAACUGAUAGUUUAGAAAAUAAAAAUAUCAAUAAAAAUGUUGAUACAGAAAUUAAAUCUUCUCUAGAAAUGCGACAAGAGAGAUUAAAAAAUAAAAUUGGAAAAUUAGAAGAAGAAGCUCUUGCAGAGAAACCUUGGCAAUUGAAAGGUGAAGUUAGUGCAUCAAAUAGACCACAGAAUUCUUUACUAGAAGAAUUCGUGGAAUUUGAUAUUACAACUAGACCUCCACCUGUGAUUACUGAACAAACAACACUUAAAUUAGAAGAUAUAAUUAAGCAAAGGAUAAAGGACAAAGCUUGGGAUGAUGUUCAAAAAAUUAAACCAGUUGAGACUCCUUUAGAGUACAAGAAAAAGUUGAUUUUGAAUCAAGAAAAAAGUAAAGAAAGUUUAUCUCAAAUUUAUGAAAAUGAAUAUCUUAAACAGAAGGAAGCUUUAAAUCCAGAUAAUACUGAAAAGGAAGAAGAAGAACCAAAAUUGCAUACGGAAAUCCGCGAAAUGAUGCAUUCCGUGUUUUCCAAAUUAGAUGCUUUAUCUAAUUUCCAUUAUACACCAAAACAGGUUCAACCAGAGAUUAAAAUUAUUAAUAAUAUGCCCGCAAUCAAUAUGGAAGAAGUAGCCCCAGUCGGAAUGAGUGAUGCUGCCUUAUUAGCUCCAGAAGAAAUUAAAGCGAAACCACGAGGCGAUUUGAUUGGUAAAGCAGAAAGAACCAAAACGGAUAUGAAACGUGAACGAAGACGUAAGAAGAUGAGACAACGUGCGCGGCAACAAGCUAUAGAGAAAAAGGAGAAAUUGAAUGCAAUCAAGCCGGGUAUUGCUAAGAAAUAUAAGAAAGAAAAGACUACAGAAUUGGCAAAGAAAUUAAGUAAAAAUCGAAAUAUUAUAAGAAUGGAUGAGUCAAGUUUCAAAGCUCCGAAAACUUCGACAGCCUUUUUCACUCAAUUACAAGACGAAGUGAAAAGUCACAUUAAAGCAAAAAUUAAUACAGAUAGUAAGAAAAAACAAAAGAAUGUUCUAUCUGCAAAAAAAUUAAAAUUAUAAUUUUUGUACAAAUAUUUAAAUACAAAUUAAAGAUAUUG